CACUCGCAAGGUAGUUUCCAUUGUCAGGACUUGUUAUGGUUUAAAAAACAAACGGAAGCAAAUCUCGCCGAUUGCCAGCGGACGCCCUUGCAACUGCCAGCACCUGAUGUUCUUCAGCGCUCUGUAGCUGCUGUCCACAAUGGUCUCCCUGACCAGAGAAUUCCAGAACAAAGAUGACGCAUACUGCUUCUCCUUAGCUAAAGCCCUUUACUGUGUCACCACGCCAGUGACAGUUGGGUUCUACGCCCCGUGGGGACACUGCAAAAAUUUUCUCUUGGACCGGAUCCAAUGCUACAUGCGUCUUCAGGGGCAGAAAAAAGACCAGCAGGAGCUUCGGCGGACGGGAGUGAAACAGCGAGGGGCCUCCGGCUGGGAUCUGGUCUCCCUCGUCUUCCUUAUGAUCUUCUACCGCCCCGUCCUGACCCCACAGCACAAGCAGCGGAAGAAUGUGCAGCACCUUUUUAUCCAGUUCAGCGCCUGGGAAUAUGCCGGAAGUGACCAGCUCUGGGCCGGCCUCAUCACUACCCUGUGUGAUGGCAUUGAAGGCCAUUUUGGGCUUGUCCCUGUGAGUCUCUAUCGGGCCGUGGGCAGGAAAUCUGGCAUUGUCCAGGGGCCUCUCGAUAAAGAAUGGGUCAGCAAGAAAUUCCUCUGCCUUCCAUUGUGGGCCGCUGUCCUUCUAGUUUCCGGAGUGGCCAUCGGGGUGGCUGUCCUCAUCUUUGUUUUUGGGGUACCCGUCGGCAAUGCUUCGGGAGACGCCAUUGCUCUUGUCGAGGGCAUUGGGGCCACGGCGGUGGGCAUCACUGCAGCAGCAGCCAUCAGAACAGCCGUCAUGGUGGCACGGAAUGUCAUCGUCACGCAGAAGGCCCAGCUGGAGAGACAGAUGAACCGGAUGGACCUCAGCGCCCAGCUGGGUUUCAUGAGCAACGUCAAGAGGGAAGUCAAGGUCGUUGCGCGGUUCCUCCAGUUCAUGGAGAUCUUCCAGCGGAGGAAGCUGCGAGUGGUUCUGAUGAUCUCCAGCCUGGACCGGUGCAGCCCUGACAAAGUCGUGGGUGUUCUCGAUGCCAUGAACAUCCUUCUCUCCGACUACGAGUCACCCUUCAUCUCCAUCCUGGCCGUUGACCCAAGCGUGAUUGUGGACUGUGUGGAGAGCUCCUUGUACAUGAAAGGCAUGGCCAACAACGGCUACGAGUUCUUGAACCGCACCAUCACCUUGCCCUUCUCGGUUCCCAAGAUGGACUGCAACACCAAAAUGCAGCUGAUUAAAAGUAUUGUGGACUGGAGGGAAGAGAUGGAGAAAAGCUUCGGAGAUGAGGAAGAACUGGAAGCGGAUUCGCAGCAGAGAAACCGGCAGGCAAACCAGGCAGGGCCUCUUUCGGGAUCAGCCCUGCGCCUCUGCAGUGAUUCUGCUGCCCGUCACGUGCCCCGGCGGAAAAAGGACGACGAUGAGCUGCCUUUGGUGGUCAUAAGCCCUGGUAGGGAAGAGCUGCUGAAAAGGAAGGGCGGGAAGGGCUUCAAAGCCAAAGAUCUCAUCCAGGAGGCGCUUGACUUCCUCCUGGACAAAAGCAUGAAGGAAUACAUGACGGACAACUUGGUGCAGAUGAAAAGGAUCAUUAACACAGUCGCCGUCACCGUCAGACUCAUGGCCACGCAGGUCCCCCAGGAGAAGCUGUGCCCGCAGAAGGCGGCCGCCUGGGUGCUCCUCGUCAAUCAGUGGCCCUGUCGCCUGAGCUGGAUCCUGCAGUGCAUCGAGGACGACAUGCAGAUGAGCCACUGGGGCUCGAACCGAGGGGGCCAGCUGGCCCCCAGUCUCUUCCUGUGGGAGGUUUACGAGAAGUAUUUGGAAGAACUCGACAUGAUGAAAGGCCAGUUGGAGAAGCUGCUGGAGCUGGACGGUGACCCAGAGCUCUUCCAAAGUUUCCUCUAUUGCAGGUUCCAGGUAGAGGACGCCAUCUUUUUCCUGCCCUUUACAGUCAAUUUGGACUCCUCCUUGAAGAGGCACAUGGAACUGCUGCGAGGCAGCCACAGCCUGAAGCGAACAGAGAAGCUGCUGGGCUUUUCCAAAUGCUCCUUGCUGAGGAUGUCGGUGGAAGAGGUCUGCCUGGAGAUGGACAAACUUGACCUGAAAGAGGAGAAUAUCCAACGAUAUAAAGAGAGGCUGAAGGAGCAUAAUUUGAAUGGAAGGGCCCUGGUUUAUAGUGACAGGAAUGAAAUCAAAGAGGCUCUGGGCAUGGGCCUGGGUGAAUGGAUGACAUUCAGCGUGCAUUUCCUUGGCUCCGUUCCCCCACAGGGUUCCUUCCCUUCAACAGCAUCCCCAGCCCUGGUCUGUGGGGAGAAGAACUGGUUAGGCUUGCAACAGAACGCGCCAAGAGGGAGCCACGUGUCAGUGAACAUUUCCAAGGAAAAUCUUCACCGGUAGUUUGGUUAUGAGUCUCCUCCUAAACGAGUCAGAAUUUCAGAAGCUGAAAUGAGAACUCGACUUGCUGCAGCUACAAAAACUCAAGCAUUUUGUUUCAGGGAUAGGCAAGCUGGCCCGAGCCUCGGGAGCCGUUGUGUAGUCUCUGGAUGCCAGGGGCAAAAAUUAGGCAACUUUGUGUUUGGGAGUCUUCCACGUUCUUCUGUAUCUGGAGGCCCCAAAUAAUUUGCAUG